AUGGUUGAGGGUUGUGUCUGGGGCGUGGCAUAUAAGCUGCCGUCUGGCCGAGAGCAGGAAGUGAAGGUUUACCUUGACCACCGGGAGAAGGGCGGUUACCGCGUCAUCGCAGUGAACUUUCACCCCCGACCCUCCGUGACCCCCACACGACACGCUGACACUCCCCCUGCACCCAGCCAAGCUCUGCUCUACAUCGGUUCUAAUGACAACCCUGACUACCUGGGUCCCGCCCCCCUGGAGCUGAUAGCCAAUCAGAUUGUAGAUGCAGUCGGACCGAGCGGACGGAACACUGAAUACCUGUUUUCAUUGGCUGAGGCGCUGAGGACCCUCCUCCCUGAAGACUCAGACACACACCUCUUCUCUCUCGAAGACCUGGUUAGAGAGAGACUAACACACACACUUACUAAAUGUGUAUCAGUAAACCAUCGCAGGGAUGCUGUUGAUUGUCAAGCAUGUGAUUGUCUCCAGGACCAUUCAGAGCUGGGUCAGGGUUAGGGUUGGGACCGUUCAGAGCUGGGU